UUUGCUGCUUACUCCCCUCUGUCGUCCAUUACAGUUCGGUACCAUCUGUACGCGCAGGCCCGAAGUAGCGCAGCCGCUCUGAGUCAUUGUACCGUGGAUACAGCCGUGUACACCAGGUGGCCCAUAAUGGACGAACACGUCGUUCACCAGACAGAACACAUGACCACCAUCGAGGCUGGUGCCGUCAGCCAACAGAUCCAGCAGGUUCAGGUACAUGUGACCACGUAUACCGAAGCGUCCAUGAUGAGCGCUGACGAAGACUCAACGUCCUCACCAGAUGAUGAUCCUUAUGACGACACAGACAUCCUGAACUCGGCGGGCACUGAUGAGAUCACUGCGCACCUGGCUGCAGCAGGGCCAGUAGGCAUGGCGGCUGCUGCUGCCGUGGCAACUGGGAAGAAAAGAAAGAGGCCUCAUGUCUUUGAAUCUAACCCCUCCAUCCGCAAGAGGCAGCAGACCCGUCUGCUCAGGAAACUCAGAGCCACCCUGGAUGAGUACACAACCAGAGUGGGCCAGCAGGCCAUAGUGCUGUGUAUCUCCCCCUCUAAACCCAACCCUGUGUACAAGGUGUUUGGGGCUGCUCCUCUGGAGAAUGUGGUGAGGAAGUAUAAGGGCAUGAUAUUGGAGGAUCUGGAGAACGCUCUGGCUGAACACGCCCCCCCUGGAGGAGAUCUGGCCUCAGAGCUGCCCCCCCUCACGAUCGAUGGUAUCCCUGUCUCUGUGGACAAGAUGACCCAGGCCCAGCUGCGAGCGUUCAUCCCUGAGAUGCUGAAGUACUCGACGGGCCGGGGGAAGCCUGGUUGGGGGAAGGAGAGCUGCAAACCACUGUGGUGGCCGGAGGACAUCCCAUGGGCCAACGUCCGCAGUGACGUCCGCACCGAGGAGCAGAAACAGAGGGUGUCUUGGACGCAGGCGCUGCGGACCAUCGUGAAGAACUGCUACAAGCAGCACGGCCGGGAGGAUCUGUUGUACGCUUUUGAAGAUCAUGUGAUCACGACCACCACCACCACCCAGCACCACCACCACCACCACCUGACCAACGCCAGCAUCGCUCACCUGGUUCCCUCACAGACGGUGGUACAGACCGUCAACAACCCCGACGGGACAGUGUCGCUCAUCCAGUUCUUGUGUGCACCACUAUCCCAGGUUGGCACAGGGCACACAGUGGCCACCCUGGCAGACGCCUCGGAGCUGCCCGGGGUGACGGUGGCGCAGGUCAACUACGCCACAGUGACUGACGGAGAGGUGGAUCAGAACUGGGCCACCCUCCAGGGUGGUGAAAUGACGAUUCAGACCACUCAGGCCUCGGAGGCCACGCAGGCAGUCGCAUCUCUGGCAGAAGCUGCGAUCGCCGCCAGCCACGAAAUGCAGUCCGGAGCCACCGUCACUAUGUCUAUGAACAGCGAGGCAGCAGCCCAUGCUGUAGCGACGCUGGCAGAGGCCACUCUGCAGGGCGGGGGGCAGAUUGUCCUGGCAGAGACAGCAGCUGCUGUUGGGGCCCUGGCGGGGGUCCAAGAUGCCACAGGUAUGGUCCAGAUCCCGAUCCCGGUCAGCAUGUACCAGACGGUAGUGACCAGCCUCGCCCAUGGCAACCGGGCCGUGCAAGUCGCCAUGGCGCCCGUCACCACGCGCAUCGAUAACACGGUGACGCUCGACGGUCAGGCCGUGGAGGUCGUGACCUUGGAACAGUGACAAUGAUGAACCUGGAAAGAGUAGGAGGGGCCGAUCGGCAUUCUGUGCUGAUUGGCUCAUCCUACUGAUUUCCAGCUAUGAUGCUGUGUACAAUGUCAAAUAUAUUUUUUAAUGUACAUCUGCAGGGGAAGUGAGGUAUCAAUGUGUUUACUAUGUAAAGAUAUUGCUUUUGUGGUGUAUUGUUUCUCCCAUUCGGCUUCAUGUUUGUUUGUUUUUUAGAUCUGUGAUGUUGAGUAUUUAGUAUUUAUUUCUUCACAAUUAACCUUUACUUAAAACAAUGAUGAACCAAAAAGCCCGGGAGCAAAGCCACAACUGAACCACCCACAGUGUGUUCACACUGUUCUCCAUCUACAUGUCGUCUUGGUACUUGACCGUUUGGAUUUUAGGAUGCAUUUACACUUCAGUGCCAUAGAGUUCACUCCUGUUUUCAAAUCCUCUAUCAUAUUCUCAAUUCCUCUUGAAAGCAUCGGAUCAGCGUCUGAACUCAUGGACAUUUCUCCCAUUAGAUGAUGGAAUAUUAUGUUGAAAUACCAUAUUGUGUGCUUUUCCCUGUGCUGUUGUACUGUAGUCCCCGCACAUGCCAACAUUUGUGAAGACUCAGGAUUUACAUCAGUGUUUUGUACUGCUGGACUGCGAAGCUGACUUCCUGGAGCAGCCAUUUUGUCGACCAAAUCCAUUCAUCCACAGUGCAUGGAGAGGGGUUGAUGUUA